GCACUGUCAAAACAGUACGUCACGAGCACGUUUCGCCGCUCUAGCUGCUGGCUGAUAAAAAAAGAAAAAUCCGAAAAAUAUCUAUUCUGUUUCCAGUGCUGCGUGAGCGAUUGUGUGGAAAUGGUUUUUCUGUGUGAAGCGGCGGCUGAAAUUAUAUAAUCGUAGGAAGAAACAACAUCUGCGCCGUGCCGGAAGAACCGUGACGCACUGUACCGGCUCCGGUGUGUUUCGGCUCGUAUAUUCCAAAUACUGCUGCUACUGGCUUGAGCUUUCACGUACAUGUUGGGAUAAAAAUCGAAAGAGCACCACCAGCAGGCGAUGACGACGGGUAGCACGGGAUCAACAUUCCCCAAAUGGCAGUUGGCACUACUGAUCGGUGCGCCAGUGGCCAUCGGACUCGGCUACCUGUACUGGCGCAAGGCGGGCGACCAGGGCGAAGGUAGCGGCGACAAGCUGACGAAGAAAAAAUUAGCCGACCUCAAGGACAAAACCAUAUCGCUCGAUGGCGAUUCGUCGGAGGCGAAGCAGCAGCCGCCGGACGCGAAACCGUUGACCGGUCGCGAGCUUGCGCUGAAACACAAAAACAACGGUAAUGCACACUUCCGCGCGGGAAAGUACGAUCAGGCGAUCAGCGAGUAUGAUGCCGCGAUCGAGCACUGCCCAACGUACGAGGCGAGCGAUCGUGCUACGUACUACCAGAACCGGGCGGCCGCGUACGAGCAGCUACAGAAUUGGGCCGCCGUUAUCAAGGACUGCACGAACGCGAUCGAGUGUAAUCCGGGAUACACGAAAGCGUUGGUACGACGCGCCAAAGCGUACGAGCAGCAGAAAGAUCUUUCCAAGGCGCUCGAGGACAUCACGGCGGCCUGUAUCGUGGACCAGUUCCAGAACAAGACGACGCUCGUGAUGGCGGACCGUAUACUGCGUGAGCUGGGCCAGCAGCACGGGAGGGAAGCGAUGAAGAACAAGAAGGAAAUUUACCCUUCCAAACAGUUCAUCGACAGUUACUUCAGCUCGUUUACGAACGAUCCGGUCCGGAAGCUGGUGGUGGCAAGCUCGGAACCGAAAGGUUUCAUCAAAGCCAAGGCCCUGUUCGAAAAGGGCGAGUACGAAGCGGUCGUUGCGGCCUGUACGGAGGAGAUCGAAUCGAGUGAAUCGGAAUCGGACUACAAGCUGGAGGCGCUGGUACUGCGCGGCACCAUGUACAAUCUGAUCGCCUGCUACGAGGAAGCCAAACAGGAUUUGGAUGCGGUGAUCGAGCUGGAAACGGCCGACAAGCGGUUACGCUCGAAUGCGCUCAUCAAGCGUGCGUCGUUGGCGAUGCAAACGCAGCCCGAAACGCCCGGCGAGUGCUUUAAGUUUUUCACCCGCGCGGAAGAAAUCGACAGCACGAACGGAGACAUCUACCAUCACCGGGGCCAGGUGUACAUACUGACCGACCGGAUGGAUGAUGCGAUCGCGGACUUCGAGCGUGCGUACUCGCUGUGUCCCACGUCCGGCAUCAUUGCGACGCACCUUUGCUACGCGAAGUAUUGCCAGGCGAACCAAAGCAAGGACGAGAGCGGUAUGGAGCGUAUGAAGAAGCGGUUCGACGAGCUGCUGGAACAGUACUCGGACUGUGUCGAGUGUUACAGCAUCCUGGCGCAGGUGCUUACCGAGCAGCAGCAGUUCGGCGAAGCGGACAGCUGCUUCGUGCGUGCGCUGAAGGUCGACCCGAACAAUGCCCAGAUCUACGUGCAUCGGGGCGUGCUGCAGCUCCAGUGGAAGGGCGAUUUCGACGAGGGCGUGAAGCUGAUCAAGAAAGCGAUACAGGUCGACAGCAAGUGCGAGUUUGCGUACGAAACGCUCGGCACGAUCGAGGUGCAGCGGGGCAAUCUGGUCGAAGCGAUCCGGCUGUUCGAGCGGGCGAUCGAGCUGGCCCGCACCGAAAUCACGCUGGUGCAUCUCUACUCGCUGAAGGAUGCGGCCGUGGCGCAGCUAAGUGUGGCCAAGAACAUGGGAUUGAGUAUUAGCAACAUUCAGCCGAACUUCUAGAGAGCGUGUUUUUGUUUUUGCUGCCCUGUGGAAAAUGGUUCCACAUAAUUCCGAUUUCGAUCCCCCCCCCCCAAGCUUUAUAAUUUAUCGUAAUUUGUACAACACAACGGUAGAGCGUAGAAGCGCGUCGCUUUUCUUGUUUUGUUUUUGCGCUGUCCUAAAUCUUCCUUGUUUCCAAAUAUCCCUUAGAGCCAGUUGUAUAACAAUCGAAUAAAAUAGUCCCGCGGGAGUAAUUGUAAUUACGGUGUGUAACAUCCGCUUAAUCACUACCUCCCAUACCACGGGGGGCUUAGCUUGGGCGGUAGAAAGUGUCCCAAACAAUUCUUUCCCCUAUCCGGCUUUCGUACCUCAGAACCAUUGCGCUUAGCUCUUAGCUGACCAAUCAUCAACAAAACCCAUAAACCACCACUUGUGUUUAGCACACAGUUUACAAAUUUGCAAUAAAUCAAUUCGAAUAAUGGUCUGUUGUAGCAUAAUCACGAAGCAAACACAAACAAAUCGUUUGUUGAGCAGUAAAGUAACACAUGUUCCCAUUAUCCCCCCGGCCGCAGCGCCAUGUUAAUGCUACACGCCUUCGCGCCUUUUUUCCAUUACCGAAAGAAACAUACUUAGCUUGCAAUUUUUUUCGUUUCGUUUUCGCGAUUUGCUUUAUCGCGUUAUCGCUUUCUUAGCGGGCAAUAUUAAUAUUAGCAAUCCUAGCUCCGUAAGACACACAGAAGAAAAAAGACAAAAGAUUUAAGUACUAGAUAAAUGUACGUGUGUGUGUGUGUGUUUUUAUUAUCCAUGGGUUUUUGCUUUCCGUUAGAAUCGGUAUGUGUGUAUGGGGGGAUAAAAGUUAAAUGUAAGCGCCACAACUUUAUUCCUGUCUGCCCCUUUCGGUGGCCCUUCCGUGUCCUACUACUAGCAGCUCUGUGUGUAUAGCCUUAUGCAAAACACAAGCCUGUUCCUGUUCCUCUUUCCUGUUUUCUUUCUUAUUAAUCGUUGUUUUCCUAUUGCUUUACUAACUAUCCUCCGGCACAACACCGGUCGGGUAUCAUUAUUAGCAGUAAUAAUGGAUAUGAGAAUAUGGGAAGAGAAAAGCCGAAACUCCUCUACCCAUGGUUUUAAUGUGUGUGUGUGGUAAUUAACAAACAAAAACGAAACAAAAAAAAAAAACAAACAAAGCACGCACGCAUGCUUUAUCAAAAAAUUACGAAAACGUAUAAAUAAUCAAUAAAUAAAAUCGAAAAGCAAAAAAAUUAAUUCGUUACGACUGAAUCACGCGUUAGGAGUGUGUCACGCGAAGCAGGAAAGAAACAAGCAAACAAACAAACAAUUGCUUACAACCGUUGUGUUCUCGAUCCAUCCAACACAGUUUGCAAACGAAACAUGUGUAAAUAAAUAGGAGAAUAAUCACAAAAAAGAAAACACAAAUUCGUUACGAGCGUUUCUUUUUGAGGGCCGCGAGUCGGUGGUUGCGAGAUGCGAACGACUGCUGGCGUGUUUUAGUUUGAUUUGAGUCCUGCCGUUUGCCUGCCUGCCUUGAUGAGACUAGAAAGUUAUUAAUACACAUUAAAUGUUUUGUUAUUAUUAAACUAUCGUCGCGCGCUAAUGUUCGGCGGCGUAAGGCGCGCCCCGCUCGAUCACCAUAUAA